UCUCGUUCUCUUUCUCAGUCUCAAACUCUCUGUCUCAAUGAACUCACUCUAGCUGCUAAAGCAAAACUCACCUCCUUAAUCUGAUAAAAAAACCAGCUCUUUACACAGUUUCCUUCUUCCAAGUUAGACCCUCUAAGAUUAGAAGAAGAGAGGAGCUUGACCUCUGCUUCGGUGAUGGUGGAAGUGUGGUGGUCCCUAUUCGGGGCUGCUAUCCCAGCAGUUAUAGCAGGGCAAGCUUUUAGAAUGAAGAAAAAGAAUGCUGAAGAGCAGAGGCUAAAGAGUGCCAGGGGGAGGGAGAAGAGCUCUGAUGACAUUUUUGUUUGCGAAAGGGUAUGUACAUCAAAGAGAAUGUUGAAAAAGGUUGGUUCAUUCUCAAAGGACCCAAUUCGUGAUACCUGUGUUACUGUCUGUGGUGUAUCUGAGCUCGAUGCAUGUGCUGAUGCCUGUGCUCGCACUGUUUGCGUUAACCAACAUCAAGUGCCUAAUUGGAAUGACGUUUGCUUAAGGAGAUGCCAGAGUGAAUGUCUGAAACUCUCUGAUUCCCGUUCUUAGUGCAAUUGUUUUUGUCCCCUCAUUUAGAAACCUGACCUGGUAUCAUAGUGAUGGUUGAUUCAAUUUCUGAAAUGUAGAGGGUGUUUGGUACGUGCACUUAAAAACAUGUGUUUUGUUGUUUGAAAACAUGUGUGGAAAUACGUGUGAGUGAAAAAAUGUGUGAAAAUAAGUGUAAUGUUGUUUAAAAACUGAAAACAUGUGUUUGAGUUGCCAUAUCAAAUGUGGCUGUAAUGUCUGACUCUGAAUGUUUUAGUUUAUAAACAAUUUUAAGCUUCAUGAGCUGCAAGAAAGACAA